GAGAACGGCCGUUCGAGUGCCUCCGCUUCCCCGGGUGAGCCACUGAGGAGCUCCCGCCGCUGCUGCAGGGUGAGGGCGAGCCGAGCCCCCUCUGCUUGCCGCCCGAGAAUACAGACAUUGAAGCUUGGGACAAGAUAUUUAUCUAAUUUCUGUGGCUAAAUUAAAGACCUGCCAUGACGUCGAAGAAAGAGACUGAAUUUGUCAUUUUCACCUAAAGAAAAAUGAUAGACAAAAACCAAACCUGUGGUACGGGACAGGAUCCCAUGCCCUACAUGACUUGUCUGAUCCACGUACUUGAAGAAUGGUUUGGUGUGGAGCAAUUGGAGGACUACUGGAAUUUUGCAAACUAUCUCUUGUGGGUUUUUACACCACUCAUACUUUUAAUACUUCCUUACUUUACUAUCUUCCUUCUCUACCUUACUAUUAUUUUCUUACACAUUUAUAAGAGGAAGAAUGUAUUAAAAGAAGCUUACUCUCAUAAUUUAUGGGACGGUGCCAGGAAGACGGUGGCAACGCUGUGGGAUGGACACGCGGCCGUCUGGCACGGUUAUGAAGUUCAUGGAAUGGAAAAAAUACCAGAAGAAGGACCAGCACUGAUCAUUUUUUAUCAUGGAGCUAUUCCCAUCGAUUUUUACUACUUCAUGGCUAAAAUUUUUAUCCAUAAAGGCAGAACUUGCCGAGUAGUAGCUGAUCACUUUGUUUUUAAAAUUCCAGGGUUUAGUUUAUUACUUGAUGUAUUUUGUGCUAUACAUGGACCAAGAGAAAAAUGUGUUGAAAUUCUGCGGAGUGGUCACUUGUUAGCUAUCUCACCAGGUGGCGUUCGAGAAGCCCUGAUUAGCGACGAGACCUACAACAUCGUGUGGGGUAAUCGUAAAGGCUUCGCUCAGGUUGCAAUUGAUGCAAAAGUGCCCAUUAUUCCUAUGUUUACACAAAAUAUUCGAGAAGGAUUUAGAUCCCUCGGCGGAACAAGGUUAUUUAGGUGGCUGUAUGAGAAGUUCCGCUAUCCGUUUGCGCCAAUGUACGGAGGUUUUCCAGUGAAGUUACGCACCUAUUUAGGUGACCCCAUUCCAUACGAUCCAAAGAUCACAGCAGAAGAACUAGCUGAAAAGACGAAGGAUGCUGUUCAAGCUUUGAUUGAUAAGCACCAAAGAAUACCCGGAAACGUUAUGAGUGCUUUGCUAGAACGUUUUCAUAACAAACAAAAGAUCAACUAGAAGACUCUUUAAUACAUUUAUAUUAAUAUGUUUGUGUCUGUAGGACUGUCUUCAAAAUUUCGUGGGUUCUAUAAUUAGUAGUUUUUAAAAAAUCAUGUUAAUAAGCAUCUUUCACUGAACUUGUUUAACAUUGUAUUGUCAAUUUUGUUUCUGCAAUCCAUUGUGUCAGAUUUAAACAAUAACUCAUUACAUGCCUAAUUAUUCAGAAAAUGAUCAUGGUUCUUUUUAUAAUUUCCUAAUAAUGUAUCAUAAACAUAGAUUCCUAAAGUUAAGUUUAUUAAUAACAGCAAUGGAGGUUAAACAAACAUUCCUAAAUAAUGCAUCUAGUUUCUGUAUCUCUUGCACUGAGCUAGUUUUGCAAGGUGGCAUAACCUAAGGUUUAGUACAGACACUUCAGUUAGGAAAAAAAAUGCUCUUUCCUCUGCCCCUCAUUCCUUUCAUGACCUUGGGCAAAUCACAUAAUGUUUUUAUGCCUCAACAAUUCAAUUUUUUAAAACAUGCUAAUAUUUUGGUGAGGAAUAUUGUUUUAAAUUCUUUAUAUUUGCUGAUCGAUAACUGCAGAACUGAAAUUAUAACUGAAUUAAUUAAACAAUACCAAGAUCUUUUAGAAGUUUAUAUAUAUAUUUUGUCCAUAGGAUGUUUAAAUUAUUCCUUCAGGUAUGAUGUCAAGUUGCCAAGGACAAUGAAAAAGAUGUGCUGUUUUUCAAAUUGAGUAAAAAGAAAUUAGGGAAAGUAAAAUUUCUAAUCAUUGUUAUUAUUCUUUCUAGUAUUAUAUUUUUAAUGAGACUCUGUAGACAAGCCGUACAGGGUGUGCUGUGCAUUGUCAGCCCUAUGAUAUGGCAUUUAAUAGUGUCAGGUUAGAAAUCACAGUUGUGCCCUGCAUCUCAUAUGUUAGAAGCUGAUCCUAGGCUGAUGAAAGCACAGAGAGAAAGCUCUGCUUUUGCUCAACAUCAUGGCUUAUUCAGCUUGACUUUGCAACCAGUCAGAUGGUUUAUUGUUUCAAUAAAAAUAUACUUGAAUAAUGAAUUUAUGUGAACAUAAGUCUUUCUGAAAAAUUAAUGGCUUUCGAUUUGUUGUCUCCUUGAAAUCUGAAUUUAAAAGUAUUUAAACACAAUAGUACCAGAAGUCAAAUGCAGUAUGUCCCUCUCCCUUGUUAAGAUAUUAAAUUACUUGGAUUUUUGUAUAAAUUUUUGUAUAACAAGUAUGUAUGUAUGAUACGUGUAAUGUAUAUAAAAUUAAGCAGCAUAAAAAUAAAGGAAAGCUGAACUGAAGUUCAUAUUCUUGUAGAUUACAU